CGCUCGCGCUCCCUGCUUAAAUGAGCCUGGGCUGCCCGCGCCCGCCACUUCGGAGGGGCUCGCGCCGCGGCCGCAGGAGGAGCGGCCCGUGCGGGUGUCGUCCCUCGCGCCAGCGCGCCUCGGCUCCGGGGCAGUCGAUGGGACAGAGCGCCGCGGAGCAGGAGGCGGCACCCGUCGGGGGGCUCGGGCAGCGCGGGAGCCCGCCGAGGGGCUCGGGCAUGGCGGGCUGCAGGACCUGAGCCCUGCCCCGCGGGGAGGCAGCCUGGUGGCCGGCGAUGGGGACCGAGCGGGACUGCCGCCGCGCCGGGCCGUGAGCACCGCGCCGCCGCCGCCUCCUCCUCGCCGCCGCCUCGGCCCCUCGCGAAGCGACGGGCCGCUCGGGAACAUGGCCCUGGAGCAGCUCUGCGCGGUCCUCAAAGUGUUAUUAAUAACAAUACUUGUAGUCGAAGGGAUUGCUGUGGCCCAAAAGACCCAAGAUGGACAAAAUAUUGGAAUCAAGCAUAUUCCUGCAACCCAGUGUGGCAUUUGGGUUCGAACCAGCAAUGGAGGUCAUUUUGCUUCACCAAAUUAUCCUGACUCCUAUCCACCAAACAAGGAGUGUAUCUACGUUUUGGAAGCUGCUCCACGUCAAAGAAUAGAGCUGACCUUUGAUGAACAUUAUUAUAUAGAACCAUCAUUUGAAUGUCGAUUUGACCACUUGGAGGUUCGAGAUGGGCCAUUUGGUUUCUCUCCACUUAUAGAUCGUUACUGUGGUGUGAAAAGCCCUCCACUAAUUAGAUCAACAGGGAGAUUCAUGUGGAUUAAGUUUAGUUCUGAUGAAGAACUUGAAGGACUGGGAUUUCGAGCAAAAUAUUCAUUUAUUCCAGAUCCAGACUUUACUUACCUAGGAGGUAUUUUAAAUCCCAUCCCAGAUUGCCAAUUUGAGCUCUCGGGAGCUGAUGGAAUAGUGCGUUCUAGUCAGGUAGAACAAGAAGAAAAAACAAAACCUGGCCAAGCAGUUGAUUGCAUAUGGACAAUUAAGGCUACUCCAAAAGCCAAGAUUUAUUUGAGGUUCCUAGAUUAUCAAAUGGAGCACUCAAAUGAAUGCAAGAGAAACUUCGUUGCAGUUUAUGAUGGAAGCAGUUCUAUUGAAAAUCUGAAGGCCAAGUUUUGCAGCACUGUGGCCAAUGAUGUGAUGCUGAAAACAGGAGUUGGAGUGAUCCGAAUGUGGGCAGAUGAAGGUAGUCGGCUAAGCAGAUUCAGAAUGCUCUUUACUUCCUUUGUGGAGCCUCCCUGCACAGGUGGCACUUUCUUCUGCCACAGCAACAUGUGCAUCAACAGUUCUUUAGUGUGUAACGGUGUUCAGAACUGUGCAUACCCUUGGGACGAAAAUCACUGUAAAGAAAAGAAAAAAGCAGGACUAUUUGAACAAGUCACUAAAACCCAUGGAACAAUUAUUGGCAUCACAUCAGGGAUUGUCUUGGUCCUUCUCAUUAUUUCUAUUUUAGUACAAGUGAAACAGCCUCGAAAAAAGGUCAUGGCUUGCAAAACUGCGUUUAAUAAAACUGGAUUUCAGGAAGUGUUUGAUCCUCCUCAUUAUGAACUGUUUUCCCUACGGGACAAAGAGAUUUCUGCAGACCUAGCCGACUUGUCAGAAGAACUGGACAACUACCAGAAGAUGCGGCACUCCUCCACUGCCUCCCGGUGCAUUCAUGACCAUCACUGUGGGUCGCAAGCACCCAGUGUCAAACAGAGCAGGACCAACCUGAGUUCCAUGGAACUGCCUUUCCGAAAUGAUUUUGCACAGCCACAGCCAAUGAAAACAUUUAACAGCACUUUUAAAAAGAGUAGCUACACUUUCAAACAGGCACAUGAGUGCCCUGAACAGGCCCUAGAAGACAGAGUAAUGGAGGAGAUUCCUUGUGAAAUUUAUGUCAGAGGGCGAGAAGAUUCUGCACAAGCGUCCAUAUCCAUCGAUUUUUAAUCUUCUACUAAGGGGACAUUAAUUAUUAAGUGUGUAUGUAUGUAUGCAGCCUACAGAGCACCCAUACUCUUCAGCGGCCAGCCCUUUUCUCCUAUCAAAACUAGCAAGACCUUUGUUCCCACUAACCUACUGUAACAGUGAAGUGUGUUAAACCAACCAAGGGACCUCCUCCGGUCCAUGAACAAAAUAACUCACUAUUGCUUGAUGUCACACACACAAAGUACCAGCGAAAUAGCAUUUGAAGAGGGGGGUGGUGGUGCUGAGCCAGGCUCAGGCUGCCUGUUAGGCUUAGCAACAGGAAUACUGCUCUGGAUUGGUACAGCUUGUCAACAUUCUGAUCCCACAAUAA